AUGUCAUGUCUAAAAGUCGAAAUUAGAACUGGGAUAGAACGGAGAUCUCAGGUGUACAUGAACAUUGAAAUUAGUCUGGUGCCAACACCGGUAAGAGUGCAUAAGACGUGGCAAUGA